GUUUACGUCACGAUCUCCCAUUGGCUGUCUGAGACGACAGUUACAUCGAUUGGCAGCACCUGACAAGUCUUUCUCCCGCAUGGUGGCGACAGAAACUCUAGCAGAUGUCAUUGAUGUGGAGUGUGAAGGUUGUUGGCCUGGGAGUGAUGGCCCUCUCUCUCAGCCUGGAACUGCUUGGCUGGGUCUUUGGUCGCUGCAGGCGCAGAAGAACCCUCAACAAGGUCCUCUUCUUCCCCUCAAAGGUGUCUUGUGUGGAGCACCUGUUUAGCCAAAAUUCAGCUUGCUCAUGUUUCUGUCCACUGCCACACGGUGUAGAGACGUCUUUCUCUUGUCUCCUCCGCCACAUCCUCUCUGCCUCCUCCUCACUGGACCUGUGUGUUUUUUCUUUUUCCAACAUGGAUCUGAGUAGAGCUGUGCUCCUGUUACACAGCAAGGGCGUAACUAUCCGAGUCCUUAGUGACAAGGACUAUUCUGCCAUCACAGGCUCACAAAUAGGAGUUCUUCGCAAGGCUGGCGUCUGCGUGCGAUGUGACGCUGGCUCUGUGCACAUGCACCACAAGUUUGCAGUGGUGGACGGCCGCCUGCUCAUCACCGGCUCCCUCAACUGGACGUUGACAGCAGUGCAGAGCAACAUGGAAAACAUCAUCAUCACGGAGGAGGCAGAGUUGGUUCAACCCUUCAUUAAGGAGUUCAACCAGAUAUGGGCGCUUAAUGAUCCAGCCCUAUUCUAUAAGCGCUAAUAAGUGAUUAGCCGUGAUGGUCACUGACAGAUGGAGAUGUUGGAUGCCCCAGUGUCAGGCACAUGCACCGGGGUGGCGAUCCGGGAGGCGAGCACCUGAGCUGGAGCGGCCGAUAGCAGCACGCAACUUUCGGCUCUCGGGUGGCGGUUUGUGGAUAAGGACGGAGGAGUGCA